UCAAACUUCCACAACAUGUCGGAUCAAUUGACCCAUUCGUCUCAUAUCUUCACCACUAUCUCUUCACAGAUUCCAUUCUUGUGCUAUUAGCACUCGCUCGAUCAACCUCUACUUUUUUUUUACCUCUUUUCACGUCACCAUUGCCGUCGCUGAUAUUUUAUUUUGCUCCCCUUAUUAUAAACUCAGUUGUCACUGAAACCUCGCCACAACUUCUUUACUGGAUUGUGGUUACUUGAUGGAUCCUGACCCGACCCACUUCCUAUUCACCAAGCACUAACUGUGUAGAAUAUUGUGGUGAAAUAUGACAGGUGUUAAUCUUGGGGAACAUACAUAUUCUGCAAGUUCUUGGAAAGUGCACAGUUUAGCAUGUUUGGAAUUAAAAAAGAUUAGUGAAAAAAUAACAAAAAUAUUCAAAGCACUUGAGUCUGCUCGACCACGAUGCAAGUCGGGAUUACAGGCGUUGUGCUCGUUACACAAGUGUAUGGAAAAAUGUGAAUUGCUUUUUCGCAAUUGUUCCGAGUCCAGCAGACUUUACUUGGCAAUUAGUGGAGAGAAGAUAAUUUUUAGGUGUGAAAGAAUUUGUUAUUCUUUGGAAUUAUGUUUGGGCCAACUUCAAAACAUGGUGGAACCAAAAUUGGCUGCGCAGAUAUCCAAGAUUGUUGACUAUAUUAAAAGUGUAGUAUUUACUUUGGAUUCCUCAGAAGAUGAAGCAGGGAGAGUUUUGCUAGCUUUACUCCAUCAAGACAUAAAAGCAUCAAAAUUUGCUCAACUUGAGGAACUCAAAGCUUUCAAGUUUGCAGCUCCGAGGUUACACAUUACAUCCCCGUUAGCUAUCGUGAUAGAAAAACGAUCCAUACGAAAGCAACUGAGCAAAACCUUGGAUACGGACCCUGCAAAAAAGAAAAUCUUGAACUAUUUGUUAUAUCUUGUGCUAAAAUACGGUAAAUCAAUUAAAGAAGAAACCGAAAGCAUUGAAGGUGACGAGGACGAUGCUUUUGAUUCACUUGAAACGCCUUUGAAGUUCAAAAACCGUCACCUGAGUGUACUUUCUUCUUCUAGCUCGGUACCCAGUUUCAACAGUUCGUUAGGUGAUUUAAAUCUACAAGUAGACAAUGUUUCGAUCGUAUCUUCGGAUGCUGGCAUUGAAGAUGGAUUUGAUGAGAUCCAAGAAAAACAUAAGCGAUUUAACUGUAAUCCCUUAGGGCCAAACUUGUUCAUACUUGGAAAUCUUUCUGUGCUUCCUUGGGCCGCAAGGCGAAAGGCAAUUGAAGAUGUGAAAACUCAGUUGAAAGAUGAUCAAGAAUCUCAUCUUUUUGUAUCUACAAGUUACAUUAGCCCGGUUCUUAAGUUUGUAAAAGAGGCUCAUCGGUUAGGUGAUUCCGGAGCAAAAAGACAAGGAGCGGAGUUGCUUUUGAUGUUCUUGAAAGAUUGCAGAACCGACAUGCCACGUUUACCAAAAGGUGUAAUGAGCGACCUCUCGCUAUUUCUAGAUUCAGAUAUUACCGAAGAAGCGUUACUAGUUCUAGAAGUGCUCUCCUGCCAACGACGUUACACUUGUGAAAUUGUGACAUCCGGCAUUCUAUUAUUCCUUCUAGAAGUGAUAAAAAACCAACAGAGCAAUCACCACCAUGUGGGCUUAAGAGUACUUUGUAAUCUUUCGGCUCACGAAGAUCUAGGACACCACAUGAUUUACCUAGGAUUCAUACAACAUUUGGUACCCUUUUUGGAUGAACUUUUGUUGUCUGGCUGCUGUGUCAAAAUCUUCGGAAAUCUAUGCGCCAUUGAAGAAGCUGCAGCUCAUUUUGUUGAAAACGAGAGCUGUAUUACAUCCAUUGGAGAGCUUCUUGAAUUAGAUUACAAGGUUGAAGAACAAGAACACGCACUUGAGAUUCUAACCUCGUUAUAUUACCAACAUGAACAAGUGCGUAAAAUUUUGUUGCAAGAUGGUAUCGUUUCAGCGUUGGGUUAUUUGUCAGGAAAUGGAAGUUGUAAGUGUAAGUCGAUGUCGGUUGAGUUGCUCAGGUUACUAAAUAACACCCCUGAUGAUCAUUCUCAAACAUCUAGUCUUUCCGACACUUCUGGAAGCACAGAUGGUAGCCUUAAAACGAGUUCCAAGUCAUCGGGUGGGUUGUUUCGUGGGAUAAAAUCAAUGUUUAGAAAGUCUUAAUGGUAGCUAGUUUUCGUUUCUUAGUUGAAGAUUAUGGCACAACUGUAAAAAAGAAGUUAUAGUUAUAUUCUUUUAUUUUUGACUCUUGGUAGACCUUGCAUUUGCGGCAUGUUCAUGAACCGUUAUUUAUUUAUAUUUUUCGCGAGUAGGUUUUGUUUGGUGGCCUUCUUCUAAUGUAUGAAACUAAUAGCAAUUCUUCC